CUUUUACUGAUGACUUCCAAACACAGUAUGUUGUAUAUUGCUACUGUAAUGAUGACAAAAAGGUACUUAACCAAGGAAAACAUUCUUUUAGCUUGAUUAACAGAGCAUCAUGCCUAAAAUCUGCAAAUCAGCCAAAUCAGGUUGUAAUUUAAUCAGCCAGUCUAGGUAGACUGUGAGUAACAUAAGUGACAUUUCCUUUUUCAGUCUAGUUCCAAACAGCUGUGUCAAGUUUUGUUUUGUAUUGUUUUAAUUGGCCACACAAUUUCAUGAUAUGUCUAUGAAAAAGUGAAAGUGAAAGUUUUUCUCUUUGAGUAGUUUAGAGAAACGCAGCACUGUCAGACCACAGAAGCUCUCAGGACCCAAAUCUGUCAAGAUGCUUGGAGAGUACCGUGUGGUAAAAUUCUUCAUGAUGGUGUUUGGGAAUGCUCUUUAUUCCCACAUACACUUCAUAGACCAGCUCACAGCACGUCUUCAUCUCCGUGAAGUUGUUUCAGAGGAGGAGAGUGACAUCAUUAUCGCUUUUGUCGCUGUUGUGUCUCGAGCUGGAACAGAUAUUGAAGCUGCUCUUAAGGAAAUUGCAUCGUCCCGUCCUGUUGUUCUAGUGGUUCUCCACCACACGUUUGAUCCAAAUUUCGUUGCUCCAGACAGCGGACUGACUGUUAACAGGAGUGAUGUGUUCACUGUGGACUGCCUGUUUCAUGAAGACAAAGGUCUGCUGAGAUGUGAGCGCAACGACCGGACACUGAAAGCAGUUACUGACCAUCUGAUAUCUAAAGGAGCGUUGGCCUGGCCACAGGAACGUCUUAAAUCGUUCCUUCCACGGAAAAGACUCACGCACAUCGGCCAGUACCUGCAGCAGCAAAAACGAAUUCUUCGGGUGAUAAUUUGGGCUCUGUUUGGCCUGUUCUCUGGUAUGCUUAGUGGGGACAUGCUUUGUGGGGACAUGCUUGGAGGGGACAUGCUUUGUGGGGACAUGCUCAGAGGGGACAUGCUUAGUGGGGACAUGCUUAGUUGGCUUAGUGGGGUUGUUGAUUGGGCUCUUUGUGACGACGGGAUACCUUUUUUAUCUCUGUUUUUGUCACAGAUAACUAACCUCAGAAAGUUUUACUGUGACUGAACUCUGAAAUUUAUAAUGCAUAUAAAAAAUGCUGAUUUUUCGAUUUACGAUUCGCAUCGACUCAGAAAUACAAAAUACAAACCGUUUAUGUUCUACUUCUGU